CUCAACAAUACUACCUACUACCUACUCAAUUCCCCUCCCCUCAUUCACUCCCCCUCCCAUCCCCUCCCCCUUCCUAUGGAUCACUCUGCUGCUGCGCCCCUCUUCCCGUUGUUUAGACUUCCCUUGGCCCGUUCCAGCGCUUUCAUCCGUCAGAGUCCCAAAGGCAUUGGCGGAGACUAUUGCCUUCAGCAAUGCCCGGGGGGUGGUUGUGGACCAAGUAACGCAGUGCUGAACCACCUUUCUUUGAUUACGUCCCAUUCGCAGCACAGCCUUUCUACCGAUUUCCUCUUCUUAUACCCGGGCGUUGGCCCCCAUUUCUACUACCACAACAAAGGAAACCCGACCCUACAACCAGUUUUAGGCAAUCAGCCCGCAGAAACACCUUGAUCUCUCCGAAUUUACCCAUUCCCCUGGUUUCUGUCUAUGCAUGCCUCACCACCUGCCCUGUCAAAUCAGAGUCUGCGUCGAUCCCUUUAAUGCAGCCUUCAGACGAACAUCGUCAGGCGGAGUUUCUAAACCCAUCCGGGGUUUCAGAUACAGAGCAGCAGCAGCAGCAGCAGCA